CUUCUUUCCUCAUCCCAACAUUCGCGUCUGUUGUCCACCACCGCCACCAUGGCCGACUCAGACACUUCCUCCCUCUCUUCGGCACCGUCUUCCGAAGACGAGGAGAUGGUCCGAAAAAUGUCAAAGCCUGUCGGUAUAGGCCGCUACUUCAAGCCUGCGCCAAAAGCCGAGUCGCCAGAACCACCACCACCCAAGCGAGCCCCUUCCCCUCCCCAUGAAUAUACUCUCGCGGACAACGAUGCAAUCGCGUUCAUUGUCAUGUUCGCGAGCCGCUUUCAUGAAGCAUUCCCAAAAUACCUCACGGCAAUUGGUCCCCAAGACAUUGAGAGAGGAAUUUCUGGCGAACUUCCCGAUGAACUCAUGGAGAAACUGCUAUGUGCCUUGCUUGGUCUUGUGCUGAACAGAAAGAAAGAGGUCGAACGUGGUCACCAUGGAAGGGCUCUCGAAGACGCGAUCUCAUCGAACCAUCACCAAUGGAUAACAGCCUGGAAGGGCUUGAACCCAAUCCAUGGGGGCAAGAAUUUCAACAACAUGACCCCUGAAGAGCGUCUAAACCUCCUUAAAGCACUCGCCCUAUGGUCGCUAAACUCCUCUGAAGUCGUGCAACGCCUUAUUAAAGAAUCCUAUAAGCAGACGCGACGCGACGAUGACAAGAAUCAGCCACGAAGCGUGCAACCAUGGUUUUCCGAUCAAUGGCGGCGCAAAUAUUGGCUCAUUGAAGGACUAGACGAUUCAUACUUCAGAAUAUAUAGGGAAAAUGACGGGAAAACUGCAAAAACAAACACCUGGUUCAGCGUGGCAGGAUCUAUUCAGGAAGUCGCAGCACUGGCAGACAAAUUUGCAGAAGAACACACCCAGAAUUCGAAAUUAAACGGUGACAAAUUGAGAGCGGCCAUACCUCGAUUCGAAGCCGGCGAAGAGAAACGCAAGCGCCGUGAAUACCGUUUGGCUCGGAAAGCCGCGUUCACUCGGCCCGAACCUGGAUUCUCGCUAUAUGAAGGACGGACCCGAGGAAAGAGAAUGAGAUAUACAUAUUCAGAUGAUGAGUAUGGCUCCGAUGGACUGUCGAGUAGGCGAUCGACGCGUAUUUCCACACCUCUCGAGGCUGGUCCCACGGUUACUGCCAGCGGCAGACAGGUCAAGUCCAGACUCGGUGGAAUGUAUGGCGAGAGCAUGUUGGUCGACCAGCGUAAAGAAAUGGAGAGAGCAGCAGGAGAAGGACACGUCACAGAGACUAGUGAGGAUAUGCCUGCCUCCGCACCAACACGAGCUAUACGCACAUCAAGGUCAGGACGCCCAGUUCAGACUGCCGGAAUUCAGUAUUCCAAUCGAACGGAGUCAGAAAGUGACGAAGGACAGUCCUCGGGCAAGGAAUGGAGUGGGGACGAAGACGAGCCCGAUGAGUCGGAGCCGGACUUUGACGCAGAGGAUGAAGGGGAUGACGAUGACGAUGCAAUGAGCGACGAAGGACUUGAGCCUGACGAGCUGGGCGAAGACGACAAUACUCAGGAGAGUCUGGUGGUCCAAUUGAGGUAUCGGAAAGGCAAAGAGCCAGAACCACCACCUACAGAACCUCUACCACCUAUCACCAACGGUGCCUCUAUCAAUGGCGCACCACAGUCCAGCGAGGCGCUGAAACCAUUACAGCAGCCUAGUGAAAUCCCGCUCAUGGACACCAUUGAUGUUGUCCCACGGACAAAACCCGCCAAUGGUACCCAGGGCAUGCAGAACGGUAUUGAGAACCAGCAACAUCACGUCCCUUCGUCUCCGCAAUCACAGUUGCGAAACUCAGUACAGCCAAUGGACUUGUCAUGAACUGUAUGCAGGUAGGUUAUGGCUGAGAGAAGCUGUUUAGUAAGCUCAAGGGCAGAAAAAGCUCUCAGAAGAUUGGUCAGUAGAGGUCACAAAAGACUGAAACGACUCAAGAGGUUUUGACAGGCUACUAC